UUCCACACCGGCAGCAUCAACAACUCCAGGAACCACCACAGCAACCACAAAUGCACCGACAAGCACUUCCACACCUACAACAUCAGCAACUCCAGGAGACAUGUGUAGCUCAAGACCCUGUGGAACUUAUAUGGCUAAAUGCAUUGCUCUACAUAGCACUUUCGCUUGCGUGUGCCCAUAUGGAUUCUACCAUAAAGACAAGAACUGUCAUGUAGGCAAAAUAUUCCCAGGGCUCAUUACACUGGAGUGGUCUUACAGUUCUGCUGUUCAAGUGAUAAACUCCACUAUGUAUGAAGAAGUUUUCCUCAACGUAACAGCCUUUUUUCAAGGAAUUUUCAUAAAUGAGAAAAGCUUUGGGCAGACUGUAAUAGUGGAAAUUCAGGAAGUUCAGGGAACUGGAACUGGGAGAGCUAUGCGAAGAAGCAGUUCAGUGGAUAAUCCAAUGAAUAUAACGCUAAUGAACAUCUUUGCUGAAAAUUCAAAUAUAACAGAGGAAGACAUUGCUGAUGCAAUAAAUACAUCAACAAGCAGUGGAUAUAGUGGAUACCGAGCUACAAGCCACUGUGCAGUUUCUGGAUGCGAUCUCAGAACCACAGAGUGCAACGAAAAUGGUGAAUAUGCAGAAUGCGAGUGCAAAGAGGAUUACAGAAAGACAAAUUGGUAUGAUCGUUCUUGUUCAGAUUGCAGUAGUGAGUGUUCUGCAGCCAACAACCAGAUCUGUGUGAAAGAAAACGGGGUUCCAGCAUGCAAAUGUUUGGACAACUUUGAAAGGAAGGACAACCGAUGUGUGGCUUGUGCAGUGGGGUACUCUGGAGAGAACUGUAAGAACAAUAGCAAACUCAUCCUUAUAAUAGUGGGUACAGUGCUUGGAGCCAUUGUCUUGAUUUUCCUGAUAGCAAUCAUUGUCAUCUCAACAAGAUCCAAACACAAAAGAGAUCCAGAGAGGAAGAGUCUGAUAAAGUCGGGAUAUUUAAACUCGGAAGGCGCUGGCAAUACGCAGACCAGGAUGUUCCCCAGAGUGCAGACUACGAGUGGUCACGCGAACCCGGGAUAUGAGCCAAACAACCCUUACGAGAUGGAUUACUCGUCCAGGAGUAGCGCUUUGGAGCGGGAAUAUGAUGAUGAGUAUGAAAUCGCAAAGGAGCCUGACGGAUUUCGGCUGCAGCGCAGAUACUGAGUGACCGGAGCUGCAGACGGAUGAAGGACCACUGCAACAACAGAUCAGACCAAAGGUUUUUACGACCUCUUACUUCAGCUGCAGGAACAGCCAAGUCCAUAGUACCAGAUUCUCUGAGGACUUUCUAAAUGACGACCGCUUCUUGAAGGAGAUAAUGCACAGUAACUUGCUGAAAUAAGUGAAAAUAAAAAUGAAGCAGAGAGUAGGGAGGAGAAGGGGACAUCAAGAAAACCCCMAAAACCCAAUGUGCCUAAACAUCAGACUGCCUUAAGGAGGCCUAGUCACUGGAGAGUGGAUGUAGGCAAGAUACCAAGGUGUUAAUCCUGUUGUUUUUCAGUUCUUCCCAAAGAAGAAGCCAAUAUAUGACGCUGGUAUAUGCCAAUAUAUGAUGCCUCAGUGCAUGAUCUGUCAUCCAUGUCAGCCAGUGGCAACCUGCCCAGCUUUGAACAGUCAGGACAUUGCCAAAAACCCACAGGAUCAAAACUGAUCUUUAUGUGACCCUAAGCUCCUUCUCUUUACUGUAUGAGUUACCAUCUUUUGCCCUCAUUAACAAUAUCUUCAAACUGUUUUUCUUCAACUUGCAUGACUAGAUUGCUUUUACGUUCUCAACUGYUGUGAAAAACAUUGUGGGUCUUUUUGAGUUUCACACUCAACUUUUGAUGUUAUUAUCUCAGCUCUUUUUAUUUUUCAUUUAUUAUAUAUGCUCAAUCCUUCUGAAAAAGCGCCCAUAUUUUACUGYGUAAUUGCCUGUACAUUUACACUAUCCAUUGGCUAGCAUUAGCAUUUCUUGUACAUAAUAUAUAUAUGCCCACAUAUGUACAUAUAUUUAUAGGCUAACUUCAUCUAAAGUACAGAUUAAUUUUGUGUUUUAUUUUCUUUU